CGCAAGCGCAGUUCGAUUGAACUCUGUGUGCUCGUUUUAUUUUAUAAUUUACAAUAAUCUCAAUUCUAUUCUUUCUUCUUCUUCAGCUUUGUGCCUUAUUAUAAAUAAAUGAAAUGACUUAUUGAAAAUGAGUAAAGUGCCUUAUUGACGUCAUCUCAUUGAGACAUAUAAUAUUAUUGAGUUUAUAAAAUUAAGUGAUGUAAUUUGUAUUGUUUAUAUUUGCUAGGAAUUGUUGUAAAAGUGUGUGAUUGUAAUAUGACGGGUUCCACCAGCUAGGCCGUAUGGAGGCUUGUCCGGGAUGAAGCAGCGAUGCCGCGUCGCAAGCGCAGGUUCGGAUCGCGCGUACGGAACUAUUUGAGGGGGUUUCUGGCCUUCCUCUUCUCCAAUGUGGGCAUUGUUGUGCUCGUUGUGGCUUAUACAAUAGCUGGCGCAUUCAUGUUUCAAGCAAUAGAAGGUGCGAGUGAGAUGGAGAGAGUGAACAAUAUGUCGAGGGAAAGAGACAACACGGCUGAGUAUCUGUGGCAGAAUGUCACGCUAACAUUUAAUCUGUUCAACGAGACUGCUCUUAAAGAAAGUAUAAGCAUGGAACUACAGCACUAUCAGCGGAAAAUCGUGGUGGCAGUCCGCCGCGGUUGGGACGGCGGCCGCUCGUCGAGACAGUGGAGUUUCUCUUCAUCGUUUUUGUAUUCGCUUACUGUUAUUACCACGAUAGGUUAUGGUCACCUGAGUCCUCGUACAAAUUGGGGUAAAAUAAUCACUAUCUUCUACGCUCUUCUGGGAAUGCCGUUGUUCUUGCUGUACCUCAGUAACGUUGGUGAGCUGUUAGCUAGUUGGUUUAAGUGUAUAUAUGCCCUGGUGUGCCUCUGUCGAGGAUGUCCAGGAUUUUCCAGGAGACGAGUGGUCCAUUUGCGUCCACAGUUUGAACUAAGCGAAGCGGAGAGCAUAGAGAGGCCAGCUGCCUGGCGUUCGGGUUACACAGACUCUGACGUCACUCCAGAGUACAGGCUACCUUCACGUCCACCGGAUUACAUACAAAGACGAGCGUAUGUUAGGAGUGUCUCAAUGCCGCAGCCAUAUUUACUACGACCGCGACCCGAGGUCCGCGGUUGGUCGGAGCCGGUUCACCAUGACAGUCCUGACACGAGUGAAUUCAGUUACGUGACCUUCGACGCCCAAACCAUCACAGUCCCCAUCAGCGUCUGUGUGGCUAUCAUGGUGGGAUACCUUAUGUUUGGUUCCGUGAUUUUCGGUCUCUGGGAGAAGUGGGACAAGUUGGACGGCGCGUAUUUCUGCUUCAUAUCGCUUAGCAGCAUCGGCUUCGGCGACUUCGUGCCGGGCGAGCGCGUGUACACGCCGCGCAUCGAGACGUCGUUCAUCGUGUGCUCGCUGUACCUCAUGCUGGGCAUGGCGCUCGUGGCCAUGUGCUUCAGCCUCAUGCAGGAACAAGUAAUUCACUACUACGCUGGCUUGAAGAGAGCCCUCAAACGUAUCUGUCGCUGCAAGAGAUGACGUUCAACUGCCAACUAGUUGAAAUUAUUACUAGAAUUUAAUUUUAAAUUUAAAUAUAUAUAGCAGUACUCCUAAUUAUUAUAAAAUUAUUUAAUAGUUUUUAAUAUGAAUGUUAUAAACGAUAAAGUAAAGACGUGUUUAAUUAACAUUUUAUAAAUGAAAUGUGUUUUAAAAUAUAAAAAUAGGUUCUAUGAAAAAAAUAUAAAUAAA